CAUGCUCGGCGGGUGAAUUCCCUCAUCACGUGCUCGCGUGUUCCUCUAGCGUGUUUUGCUUGCUUGCUUCUUUCCCCCAUCUAUGCAGGGUCCUCCUUCACUUCCGCAUCCCGUCAGUCGUUUACAUCACCAUCCCAAUUCUUCACUUUUCCAUGCUGGUUCAAACCCAAAUCUACGAUCCCAUCUCACAUACCCGCGUGCGUGCGCGAGGUCGAUCCCAAUGCUCACCCGAGCCUAGACCCAUUGGACCAAUCACCAUGCUCCCCUGCAGUGUAUGCCAGCCAUAGCUUUUCCAACCAUCCCGUCCGUCAUCGAUUAAAUCAAACUCCUCGACACCGCAGCCGAGAUUGGCAUUUGAUCACUGCUCCCGGGUUCAUUUUUCCCCUUACAAAAAGCAAAUACUCUUCGCCACUGCUCAUUCCUGCUGGUCAAUCAAUCAGUCCUUCCGUCAUUCAAUCUAUUCCCAAUCUCCUUCCACAAAUAUACCGGUGCGACAGCUGCCAUCGAAAUGCAACAGACCCAAUCAGCAACCCACGACAUUGGAGCUUUUGCCGUU